CCCCACAUGCAAACCCACAACCCAAACCAGAACUAUUGAUCCUCUUCUUCCUCCUCUCUCUCUCUCUCCUCUGGUUUUAGAGCUCAACAAUGGCUUCUCUUCUUCAACUCAGUACCCUCUCCUUCUUUCUGGUUGCUCUCUCCAUUUUUUUCACAUCUACUCCAGUCCAUUGUGAUGAUGCAGCUGAGGAUGACGACCUUCUUCAAGGCCUCAACAGCUACAGAACGGCCAGAAACCUCUCGACCCUGGUCAAGAACGACAAGGCGGAGUGCCUGGCGGAGGAGCUGGCCGGGGAAUUAGAGCAUCAGCCCUGCACCGCUACCGUCCCCGCCACCCCGCAGCUCCAGCUCGCCAACUACCCCAGCAUCCUUAAGAAGUGCAAAAUCGACAUCAACUACACCAGAGACGGUGUCAUCAUGCAAGUCUGUGUCCCCCACAGGGUCCCAACCCUCGUCCUCACCAACUUCACCCAGUCUCACUACUCCAGGUACCUCAACGACAGCAAGUUCACCGGCGUCGGCGUCGGGUCAGAGGACGACUGGGUGGUGGCCGUCCUCAGCACCAAUGGCAUCGAAGGGAGCUUCAGUGGGGCUUCCAGGGCUGCCAUGGAGCUGGGUUUGAUGAUGCUCAGCCCCUGCUUGGUGGCUUUGCUUUUGGGAUUAUUUGUUGGUAUGGUGAUCAACUGAGACUGAUGGGGUGUUAGGGCUGUGUUUGGUUAUUUAAUCUUUUGUUUUUGUAGCUUUGUUUUUAGGUUGAUGACCAGUUUUCAGUGUAAUGUUAAUGCGUUUUUCCCCCCUUAAUUUCUUAUGCAUAUGAAUGGCAAUAUAUGGAAUUGCGAA